GUAAAGAAGCUUUCAACGCACGAGACAAAGACCCCAAAAGCAGACUCGGUGGCUCUCACUCUCACCUCAGAGACGAAGAGCUCCAAAAAAGCUUGAGAGACUGUGAGAGAGAGAGAGUUAAAUAAAGAAAAAGCAAGAAAACGAAGAGUGCCAGAUCAAUACUGGUAAAGCAACGAGAAAAAGGGGCACUGAGAGAGAGAAUCUAGGGUUUCGUCGCGGUGCUGAACUGCUGAUCCGACGUCGUUAUGGCGAGUCCGCAGUCGGAACUGUUCACUAGGACUCCGGGUUCCGGGAGAGCUCUGUCGAUUACACCAGGCGCUAGGAUUCUGCAGAGCCCUUUCAGUGAUGAAGCGAUCUGGAAGCGUCUUAAAGAGGCUGGCUUUGAUGAGGAGUCGAUUAAACGAAGGGACAAGGCCGCGCUCAUUGCCUAUAUUGCUAAGCUUGAAGCUGAGAUUUUCGAUCACCAACACCACAUGGGUCUUCUCAUAAUGGAAAGAAAGGAGUUAGCUUCCAAGUAUGAAGAAAUUAAAGCCUUUAAUGAGACAGCUGAACUUUUGCACAAGCGUGAUCAAGCUGCACAUGUAUCUGCUUUGGCUGAAGCAAGGAAACGGGAGGAGUGCCUAAAGAAGGCAGUAGGAGUCAAGGAAGAGUGUAUAUCCAGUAUUGAGAAGUCGAUGCAUGAGAUGCGUGCAGAAUCUGCUGAAACAAAGGUUGCUGCUGAGAGUAAAUUGGCUGAAGCACGGAAUAUGGUGGAGGAUGCUCAGAAGAAAUUCACUGAGGCUGAGGCCAAGCUGCAUGUAGCAGAAUCUUUGCAAGCAGAAGCUUGUCGUUUUCACCGUGUCGCUGAAAGAAAGAUGCAAGAAGUUGAAGCACGUGAAGAUGAUCUUAGGAGAAACAUUCUGUCCUUCAAGACAGAUUGUGAUACAAAAGAGAAGGAGAUAAGCCUUGAGAGACAAUCUUUAUUUGAAAGGCAGAAAACCCUGCAGCAAGAACAAGAUAGAUUACUUGAUGCACAAGCCCUGCUUAACCAAAGGGAAGAUUUCAUAUUUGGUCGAUCUCAGGAACUGAAUCGACUUGAAAAAGAGUUAGAAGACAUAAAAGCAAAUAUUGAGAAGGAGCGUAGAGCCCUAGAUGAUGGGAAAUUAAAUCUGGAGCUGACUGAGGCUUCCCUUAUUAAUAGAGAGGAGGCUUUAACAAGAAGAGAAGCUUUGUUGAACAAAAAAGAGCAAGAGAUACUUGUUUUGCAGGAGAAACUUGUGAGCAAGGAAUCUGAUGAGAUUAGGAAAGCCGUAGCAAGCCACGAAGUUGAGUUAAGAAAAAAGAAGUCCGAAUUUGAUUCGGAGCUGGACGUGAAGCGAAAACUGUUUGAAGAUGAAAUUGAAGCUAAGAGGCGGGCUUGGGAGUUGAGGGAAGUGGAUCUCAAUCAACGAGACGACCUACUGCAGGAAAGGGAGCAUGACUUGGAAGUUCAGUUGAGGACAUUGGUGGAUAGGGAGAAAGAUGUGGCAGAGAUGUCAAAUCUGGUUGAUGAGAAAGAAAAAACUUUAAGAGAUGCUGAGAAGGAGUUUGAGCUGAAUAAUGUUCUUUUGCAAAGAGAAAAGGAAGAAAUUAUCAAAAUGAAGGUAGAGCUUCAGAGCUCCUUGGAUUCACUUGAAGACAAAAGGAAACAACUUGAUUGUGCCAGGGAGAAGUUUGAGGUUUUGAAAACUGAAACAAGUGAGCUUUCAGAUCUAGAGAUGAAACUAAAAGAAGAGAUAGAUUUAGUCAGGGCUCAAAAGCAAGAGCUGAUGGCUGAGGCAGAUAAGUUGGCUGUAGAGAAGGCAAAGUUUGAAUCCGAGUGGGAAUUAAUUGAUGAAAAGAGAGAAGAGCUACGGAAGGAAGCAGAGCGUGUUGCAGAGGAGAGGUUGGCGUUUUCGAAGUCUAUCAAGGAUGAGCAUGAUAACCUAAGGCAGGAGAAGGAGGAAAUGCGAGAUCAGCACAAGCGUGAUGUUGAAUUACUUGUUAGUGAGCGAGAGGACUUCAUGAAUAAGAUGGUUAAUGAGCGUUCUGAGUGGUUUGGCAAGAUGCAGAAGGAACGUGCAGACUUCUUACUUGAAAUUGAGAUGCGGAAGAGAGAAUUGGAGAACUGUAUUGAUAAAAAGCAUGAAGAGCUAGAAUGUUCAUUGAAGGAAAAGGAGAUUGCCUUUGAGCAAGAAAAGAAAAAUGAAUUUCAGAAUAUUAACUCUCUUAAGGAAGAAGCAGCAAAAGAGAGGGAACAGGUUGCUUUAGAAAGGAAAAGGCUUGAGACUGAGAGAAUAGAGAUCAAUUUGGAUCGUGAGCGAAGGGAUCGGGAGUGGGCGGAGCUAAAUAAUUCGAUUGAGGAACUGAGGGUCCAGAGAGAGAAAUUGAAAGAACAGAGGGAAUUAUUGCAUGCAGAUAGAGAAGAGAUUCUUGGUCAGAUUCAACACCUGAAGGAAUUGGAGAGUUUGAAGGCUGCUUUAGAUAGUGCGUCUGUGGCUGAGAUGCAACAAUCUGAUUUGGUGCCUCGCAGCCGGAAAACUUCUAGACGAUAUUUGAAGCAGUUAACUUCUGUUCGAGAAGCUGAUCAUAAUUCACAUAAUGAAGAAAAUGUUGCCAACAUUAGCAACUCGUCAAUGCUAAAAUCAGGGUUUUCUCCUUCUAGUUCUGCUCGUUUCUCAUGGUUAAAGCGCUGCAGGGAAUUGCUUUUUAAACAGUCUCCUGAGAAGCACCAAAUGGCAUAUGAAGAAAAUCAUGUGAUUUCUCGGGAAGAAACAAGUUUGACAGUAACUGAACAGGUAGAUACAUCAAGUAAAUAUGACGGGCAUAGGUACACGGGAAAUGGUAAUUCACCUAGAUUUUUCAGUAAGAGACAGAAUGCUUUUGGUGAACCGAAGGUGAUAGUUGAGGUUCCCUUUGUUGGUGAGACUGUAAAAGGAACACACGAUUCUGAAUCUGAAAUUAAGGAAUUUGAUGGUGAAAGUUGUCCCCCCUUAAUUUCUGAACAAGUCUUCCAGGGAGGAAGGAAAAGAAGAGUUGACAAAUCUUUGUCUAAUGACGGUUUUGAUCCCCUACUUGAGCCCAGGCAGAACCUAAAGAAAAGGAGGCAACAACAAGAUGCCACUGUGAACUCAUCAGAACAUGCCAACACCCACUGCAUUGCGUCAACCCAGGAAAAAGUACUAGAGGAUCAGAAUGUAUCAAUGCCAUUGCCAUCUGAUCAAAUUUGUGAAGGCGCUGAAGAGGGUAGUGCUGUAAUAAUAGAUAAAAUCAUAAAGGUUUCCGAAGUGAUUUUUGAGGAAACUGGAACUGGAAGUCUUGGCAAUGAAGGCAAAUUAGAGGUGCAGAACUCUACUGUAGAAGCACACCAUGGACAGAAUGGUGCCUUCCAGGGAGCUGUUGGACAAGUUACUGAGCACUGUCAGAUUCAAGCCGAAGAUACAUCCGAAAAGCAUGUGCAGUCCCAGUGAGAUGAUGAUAUUUGAAAAAGAGUGUACAGAAGCUUUAGAUUUUGCAAAGCUGACAUAGUCAAAAGAGAAUAGUAGAGCUCUGGUUGUUCAUAGUGUGUACUUCUAGUCUGUUGCAUGGCUGUCGAAAUAGAUGCAAAUAGAGUAUUUUUCUUAUUCCUUACCGGGUGCAUCUUUCGCUGAAAGUCCUCAACUUUAAAGAGGCUCCCUUGUGAUGGCAUGUAUCUUGGAGUGGGCUACUUAUGUGAAAUUUGUGAAUGUUUGGUGGUUCUGAUGUUACUUUUUUUUGGUUUGUUCUGGUUGAUAGAUGUGAUCUUUUUUUCUUUCGAGUUCUUAUUUUAGGGCAAACAUGGAGUGUGAUGUGUGGCAUUUGUACUAUAUAGGAGGAUUUCGUCUCUGGUUAUGAUCAUGGGUUAUCUGUUUGUUGUUACUUGGUGAAA